GAGGGAGGUGGGGGAGAGCCGGCUGGGUCCCGCUGCCUGCUCAUCGCCAUGGCCGGCUCGGAGCAGCCGGCGCCGCGGCGGGAGGACGGGGAAGCGGCGCUGCCCGCAGAGGACGCGGAGCUGGCGCUGGCCGGCAUCAACAUGCUGCUGAACAACGGCUUCCGCGAGUCCGACCAGCUCUUCAAGAAAUACAGAAACCAUAGCCCGUUAAUGAGUUUUGGAGCUAGUUUUGUCAGUUUUUUGAAUGCUAUGAUGACAUUUGAAGAAGAGAAGAUGCAACUGGCAUGUGAUGACUUAAAGGCUACAGAGAAGCUUUGCGAAAGUGAAGAAGCUGGAGUUAUAGAAACAAUCAAGAAUAAAAUUAAGAAGAAUGCUGAUGGACGAAAAUCCACUCUGUCCAUGAUAGAUCGUCUACAAAGACAAAUUAUUGUAGCAGAUUGUCAAGUCUACUUGGCUGUGCUCUCGUUUGUAAAACAAGAGUUAUCAGCAUACAUAAAAGGUGGGUGGAUACUCCGAAAAGCCUGGAAAAUUUACAAUAAGUGCUAUACGGACAUUAAUACACUUCAGGAAAUAUAUCAGAAGAAAACUACUCAGGAAUCCUUGACUUCUGAUACUGCAAAUGAUAAUCAUAUUGCUGCAGAAGGUGUAACGGAGGAUUCGCUAAACAGACUGAAAGGUGCUGUUAGCUUUGGAUAUGGACUUUUUCAUCUUUGCAUAUCCAUGGUGCCCCCAAACCUGCUCAAAAUCAUCAACCUGCUGGGUUUUCCUGGAGACCGCCUACAGGGGCUUUCUUCACUGAUGUAUGCAAGUGAAAGUAAGGACAUGAAGGCCCCUUUAGCUACGUUAGCUCUGUUAUGGUACCACACAGUUGUUCGUCCCUUUUUUGCCCUUGAUGGUAGCGAUAACAAGGCAGGAUUGAAAGAGGCAAAAGAAAUUCUUGAGAAAAAAGAAUCUGCAUAUCCAAAUUCUUCUCUGUUCAUGUUCUUCAAGGGAAGGAUACAGCGAUUAGAGUGUCAAAUCAAUAGUGCCUUGACCUCAUUUCAUACUGCUUUGGAACUUGCAACAGACCAAAGGGAGAUUCAGCAUGUCUGCUUAUAUGAAAUAGGUUGGUGCAGCAUGAUAGAGAUGAAUUUCAAAGAUGCGUUUGAAUCCUUUGAAAGGCUUAAAAAUGAAUCCAGGUGGUCCCAGUGCUACUAUGCUUAUUUGACAGCAGUGUGUCAAGGAGCCACUGGUGAUGUUGGUGGCGCUCAAAAUGUGUUCAAGGAAGUUCAGAAGCUUUUCAAAAGGAAGAACAACCAGAUUGAACAGUUUUCAGUGAAAAAGGCAGAAAGAUUUAGAAAACAAAUGCCGACCAAAGAGCUCUGUGUCCUGGCAUCCAUUGAAGUAUUGUACUUAUGGAAAGCCCUUCCAAACUGUUCCCUCUCAAACUUGCAGCAUAUGAGCCAAGCUUGUCAGGAUGUUGAUGAUUCGUCGGCUGUUGGUCUGAGGAAUUUGCUUCUUGGUGCAAUACACAAAUGCUUAGGAAAUUCGGAGGAUGCUGUUCAGUUCUUUCAACGAGCUGCUAAAGAUGAACUGUGCCGUCAAAACAACUUGUACGUCCAGCCAUAUGCUUGCUAUGAACUUGGCUGUCUUCUGUUGGACAAUCCAGAGACUGUGCCAAGAGGCAAAACCUUACUUCUUCAAGCCAAGGAGGAAUUUUCUGGCUAUGACUUUGAGAACAGAUUGCACGUCCGCAUACACGCAGCCUUAGCCUCUCUAAGGGAAGUAGUUCCACAGUGAUGGGCAGGAAGUCUUGUUAUCCUUUCCCACAGUUUCUGCACUUUAAGAUGAAGCAGAAGAAACAGCUGUUGGGAAGACCAGCUUUUCUUCUGAAAACCACUUGUGCCAGAGACACUUUCCUAAGAAUUGGUCAGAGUUGGUAAUGGCUCAGUAAAACGUUACAAUUUCAACUAAAUCAACAAGGAAGAAGGUUAAGUGACCUUGUGUUUUUAAUUCUUCAGGUUUUAGUUUGCUUAAAUCAAGCCACAGCUACUUGUAACUCUGCAGGCGAGCCCAAAUAAUUGCAUAUUAUUUACUUUAACAAUAUUGGCAGGUGUGAUUUUUACCUUUUAAAACAGAUCUAAACUAUGCCAAGAAGAUCACUUCUGUUUUGAUUAGAAUGAUACAAUAAAAGUAAUUGGUGUAAAUGCUGAAGUUCGUAAUGGGUAGAACACGUGGUUUUUUUCUCCAGGCAUCACCUAAUUCACAGGAGGAGGGAAACUGUUAAUCCACAAAAAGCAGAUUUUACUGAAUUUAAGUAGCUUAUCUCAGUGACUUCAUGAUGACUAAUGUAUGAAUUAUAAACCUCACAUCCCCUUCCAUUCUUUGUUCCUCCCCUCCCAACCCAGCUUAUACUUGUGAUACAUAUUAUGUCAAUAUUUGGGAUCUCUUGCUUCUGGAACAUUCCUGCCAAACAUUUGCUUUGCUUCACAUGCAGUUACAGUGUGGGCAGUUUCUAUUUCUUCUCCUAAUACUAGGAAUAUAAAAUGCAUAGGCCAGAUACAGUAAUUCCCCAUAUUUUUCAUUCAAGCUGCUGAAUCUUUAUAGCAGUAACCCUUAAAAGUAUUAAAAAACCCAGCCAAACAAAACAGAAAACCAAAAAUCUGCUUUGGUAGUUAUACCAAUACUAUGAUAUUCUAAGUCUCUAUAUGGUAUUCCAAACCUGUGGUGUUAAGAUAUUGAAAUACCUCAGAGAGCUUAAAACUUUUAUCCUGACCAUGUAAUUUUUAAUACUUGGCUAUCUGUGUUUAUCUGUAGCUUUUUUAAUUUUUGUCUGUAAUAUGUAGUAUCUCAUCAUGUUUUAUAUUUAGUUAAUAUCAUAUUCUAGGAAGGUAAAUAUUUUUUUAAAUAAACUUAUGAAUGGAAACCUGGCCAGGAAGUUAUGUUAAAAGAAUGAUGUUAAUUUUGUAAAGCUGAGAAAACUGGAUAUACUUGGAAAUAGUUAUCCAAAAGCCUUAUUUUUACUUUGGUCAGGUUGCCUUAAACAGUUCCUGAAAGUUUGGGGUUUUUUUCUUACCCUGUUGUAGACUGUGUUGCCAAAGGUUUAGACCUUGCCCACACCCAACCUUCAUGGAUUUGCUUUUGAGGUUGCAUCUAAAGCAAGACUGAUAUGGAGGAGGAAAGUAAUAUCCUAUUUGGUAGGCCAGAUGAAAUGGUUUAGACACUUAUUUCUCUCUAAGAAUACACACUUCUGCUAUGAAAGGCAUUCCUAGAGCAGUUAAACAUUUCUGUUACAGUUCCUGAAGAAGAGGAGAGACUCUUAACUCUUAAAAAAGCAGUUUUAUUUUUCUAUUAUCUAGGUGUGUUACAGAUAGUACACUUUUUUCUAUUCAAAUUUAACAGUAAUAUUGAGUCACAAAUGAGUGUUCAACGUUAUGUGAUCAAUCCAAAUACAUGUUGACUAGAAAACAAUACAUUCUAUAUGUAGUGACUACUUAGAAUUCCAAUUAUUUUGAAUCCUUCCAAGUUAUUUUUAAAAUGGACUUUAAUGUAUUUGAAAUCUUAUUUUGUUCUAUCCGACUUUUAAUGUUUUGCAAGGAGAGAGGCAGUCCAUUCUGGGUAAAGAGCUAGAAACAGGACAGUUACUGACAAAAUUACUUUGAAAUACACUGCUUAAAUAUGAUGUGAGACUAGGCUGUUCAGGACACACAGCACCUGCAUGCCAUUAGUGUUGGGACAUCUAUGGUCUGCAUAACUUGGAGGUAGCUUAGCAAAUUGUAGUAAAUUGACUAAAAGGCCUCUUGUUCUCAUCAGGCCUGGCGUGGGUAUGGAGAGACACUCUGUGUUCAUGUGACAGUUUAACUCUGUGCAAAUUGCAGCUUUUCUGUGGAUUUAGCAAAUCAUCACUGAAAUAGAGCUGUUUCUGUAUUUUCUUUUUUCCUCCCCUGGUAGGAGAAUUUCUCCUACAUUGUAAAUGUCAAAAUUAUUUUUUAUGUUAGAUUGUGCCUGUGAUGAGAAAAAAUUCAACUGUAUUUUGUGUAAACUGAUAAGUUUUUAUACUUUAGAACUCGGAGGCAUGGUCUAAUAGCAAUAAUGGAAUAUGCAUCUUGCUAGUUAAUAUGUUGAGACUAUCUUUACUGGGUCAGGUAUUUUUGUUGAUGUUGAUGCAGUUUUUAUCUCAAUAUGACUCAUUUCAAAUAACUAGAAUUUUUAGGUGUCACAAAGUGGCAUAUUUAUUGUGAUGUACUGUAAAUGUUGUUAAUUUACAGAACUUGCACUUUUAUAUUUCUGAGUAAAAUUAAAAGAAAUGUGGACAUGAGUUUUGUUCCCUUGCUCCUUGAAUUUGUCUUUUAAUUGGUGGCCUUCUGAACAAGAUGAUACCAAGGAUUGGGAAAAUUUCUGGGAUGUCAAGUGACUCUGUAACAAUGUUUUCUAAUCAGCAAUUACCUCAGCCUUUGUUCUUCCAGUAUAAUUAUAGUCUUCUGGUUUAAAAAGUGAGUUACAUGUGUCAUGUUGAGAUCAAAUGUAGAGUGAAAAAGGCUAAAGAUGCAUUUUUAAGACAUCAAGUUUACUUGUUCUUCAUUAAAGACCAAGAACCACACACAACUGUAUUUGCUGUAUUCCCACACCUUUCAAAAAAAUGUUUCAGAUUUACUCUAAAGAAAGCACUUUAAUUUCUUCUCUCUGACUUUGAAUGCUUGUUUCACAUUCUAGUUAUGUUUUAUUCUGAAAUAAAAUUCCCCAAAUGUUGUAUUGAA